AUGGAGCCCAAGAGGCUGUCGACAGGCUCCCCGCGGGUCAUCCUGAGGAUAAAGAGGACAAAGAGAGAAUGGAGGCCGCUGGAGGACCGCAGUUGCACGGACCUGCCCUGGUUCCUUCUCUUCACCGUCUUCUGCGUGGGCAUGGGCAGCAUCUGUGGAUUCACCGUCGUCACAGGGGGCGCCGCGCGCCUCGUCUUCGGGUAUGACAGCUACGGCAACACCUGCGGCCAGCGCAACGAGCAAAUUGAGGGCGUCCGACUCAGUGGCCUAGACCACACCGACAGGAAAUAUGUCUUCUUCCUGGACCCCUGUAACAUUGAUAUCGUGCAGCGGAAAAUCAGAUCUCUGGCUGUGUGCGUGUCGCUGUGCCCCAGCGAAGAGAUGCGGACCUACCAGGACCUCAAGUCUUUUGCCAUGGUUAAUGGCUCAGAACUCUGUUCCUAUGAGCUGGCAGGACAUAAAUACCCCAGCCUCCCAGAGAGGUUUGAAAAAUGCCCCAAACUUCCUGUUCCACCCAGCAAAGCUCUGCCGGUGUUUAACCGUUGCACGCCUGUGGACAUAUCCUGUUAUGCCAAGUUCGCAGAGGCGGUGGUGACCUUCGUCAGUGACAACAGUGUUCUCCACCGGCUGAUCGCAGGGGUCAUGGCCUCCAAGGAGAUCAUCAUCGGCCUCUGCCUUCUGGCACUGGUCCUCUCCAUGAUCCUCAUGGUGAUAAUUCGCUACAUCUCGGCUGUUCUGGUCUGGAUCCUCACCGCCCUGGUCGUGCUGGGCUCCCUCGCGGGUACCAGUGUCCUGUGGUGGCUGUACAUCGACCACAGGUUAUACGCCAACGACACUGUGUCAAAAGUGGCGAAGGAGGGAAAAGAGGAGGCGGAGCUUAGCAGAGAUAGCAGCCAGGCCUUGUUGGUCUACGCCAUUGCCGCCACCGUCUUCACCGUAAUCCUCCUGUUGCUGAUGUUGUUUAUGAGGAAGCGGGUGGCUCUGACCAUUGCUCUGUUCCACGUGGCGGGGAAGGUUUUCAUCCACUUGCCCCUGCUCACCCUGCAGCCCUUCUGCACCUUCCUGGCCCUGCUGCUCUUCUGGCUCUACUGGCUGCUGGUGCUGCUCUUCCUGGGAACCACAGGUAACCCGGUCCAGAACGUAGAGACAGGUCUGACAGAGUUUCGUCUGACUGGACCGCUUCAGUACCUGACGUGGUACCAUGCCGUGGGUCUGGUCUGGAUCAGUGAGUUCAUUCUGGCCUGCCAGCAGAUGACUGUUGCCGGGGCUGUGGUCACAUACUACUUCACCAGGGACAAGAACAGACUUCCUGUGACGCCCAUCCUGUCGUCGGUGCUGAGGCUGGUCCGCUACCACCUGGGCACCGUGGCCAAAGGCUCCUUCAUCAUCACUCUGGUGAAGAUCCCUCGCCUCGUGCUCAUGUACAUCCACAACCAGCUCAAGGGAAAGGAGAAUGCAUGUGCACGGUGUAUGCUUAAGACCUGCAUCUGCUGUCUGUGGUGUCUGGAGAAGUGCCUCAACUAUCUCAAUCAGAAUGCAUACGCAGCCACGGCCAUCAACAGCACGGGCUUCUGCACCUCGGCGCGUGACGCCUUCGUCAUCCUGGUGGAAAACGCUCUGCGGGUGGCAGCCAUCAACGCUGUGGGAGACUUUGUUCUCUUUUUGGGGAAGGUCCUGAUCGUCACGUGCACGGCGUUUGCGGGCGUUCUGCUGUUGAACUACCAGAGGGACUACACCGAGUGGCUCCUCCCCCUCAUCAUCGUCUGUCUGUUUGCCUUCCUGGUGGCCCACUGCUUCCUGUCCAUCUUUGAGAUCGUGGUGGACGUUCUCUUCCUCUGUUUCGCCAUUGACACCAAGUACAAUGACGGGACCCCAGGAAAGGAGUUCUACAUGGACAAAGCCCUGAUGGAGUUUGUAGAGAGCAGCCGGAGACUUGAGCGGGUGGUCGAGCGUGGGCGGAGCCGGGCCAAGGAGGUGGUCUCGGAAGGAGCAGAGAUGAAACCCAUGGCUCCGGGAACAAGUUCAGCUUGACCAAAAUCACCGAAUGGGACUUUUUAAAAAAAGAAAAAAAAGACAUUCCAAAAUGUUUAUUUUUACCAAUGUGUAACAUGUUUACUAUGGUUUCACUCCAGGGAAUACAGUAUUUUAAUAAGAAACUGUAAAAAAAAAUAACAA